AUGCGAAGAGUGAGAGGAGUCGGGAACCUGCUUGUGACAAUUUUGGUUGUUUUGAUUGGCUUCAAGCAAGCAAGGAAAUACUGUGAGUCCAACGAAGCAGAAUUUUGUAGGCUUACUUCUCUGUCGCGGGCCAGCCCUUGGUGGAAUGAGCAUAUUGACCCUUACUGGGACAGCUAUGUGAGUCCGUGCGUGACAAAGAUCCACGACUAUGAGCACAAACUCGAUGAAUGGGCAGCUCCCCGUAUAGAUCGCGCAUACUAUCAGGUCCAAGAUAUCGUAGAGACUAAAGUGGUCCCAGUUACGUACAAGUGGUACAAAACCGUCCAGUUCAAGACGCAGGUUUACUACAACGGCCAUUUUGUUCCCUUCCUCGGGCAUGCGCGAAUUUUGGCCAAGCAAUGGCUUGCAUCCGAAGGCUUUUUCCAGCGGCUGUAUCUGCAUGUCCAGCAAGGCCUUUUCUGCUUGAGAAACUGGUCGCUUUGGGUCUGGAAUGGCUCCUUGGAGGCAUUCAACGAAAUUCACUCAUGGAGCGGCCAUGCUUUACAAGAAAUUUCGAACAAAUUCUCGGUCACUGAGAACCAAAGCGGCGAACCUGUCACAGACGAGGACCCUAGCGACACCGACGAGUCAAAAUAUUAUGAUGCCGAAUAUUUUGAGGGAGAACAGGGUGACUAUAACGAAGACGACGAAACAGUGUACUUGACUUCAACUAUUAUCGAAACUGUUACUCUAUCGGACGAGAAGCAGCUUGACAAGUCAACUUCUGCAGCGAACGGCGAUGAUGGAUCAUCAUUGGAUGUUCCUCUCAGAGAUCUUGUCCAGGACGAAUUCCAAGCAUGGUCUAACACUGUGGAGCAAAAAGCAUCAAACACCCUAACUCAGUUCGAUUCGGAGGUCGAAGAGCUUGUUGAGGCAAAACUGAGCAAAGCGCAGCCUAACAUAACUGGUUUACUGCAAGGGAUUUCCGAAAGCUUUCAAAGCCAUUACCGCAUCAUUAAUCGGGCAAUCUUAGACGUUGAUUGUACUAUGGAGCUUGAUCCUGAAACGGGAGAGCAGCUUUACUUUAACAAGGACGGCACUCAGCUACGCAAGUAUGUGACGAGGCCUUUGAUGCGCGAAUUCUUUUCCAGUGCGCAUGCGCAUGUUGACGAGAGACUUGAAAUGGUGCGCGCGAGGCUGGAGAAAUUCGUCGCUGCCGUAAACAAGGAAGUUGAACAGGUUAGACAAGAACAUUUGGAAGUUUACGAAGAAUGGGGGGACGUAAUGGUGAGCGAGUGGUCAAAACGUAUGGCUUAUGUUGAUGUGGUGGCUGCAAUGGGUGCGGAAGACAUGAAUCAACAACAACACGACAAUUGGAAGAGGUUCUUGAAACUCAAGAAGCAGGUUGUUAACACUCGCGAUCUUCUCAUGCAGCAUCCGGCGAAGCUUGAAAGACUUCAAAAAUUCCUUAAUGACAUUCAGUUCACUCUGAUGGCCCUCCAGCGUGACGCUGGCGAAUACCUUUUCAUUUUGAGAAGCCAAGCAAACAUAGCUUUCCAGACACGCGAGAAGCUUGAACGGGAACGCGAAGAAGAGGAGCGCAGAAAGCUGGAGCAAGAGCGUCAGAUACAAGAGCAGAAAGAGCGCGAGCAACAGGAGCUUGCCGAGAACGAAGCUCGUGCAGCGCGCGAACGUCUUGCAUUGGAGCAAGGACAGGGGCAAGAACAGUUGGAGCAAAAUUCUGACGAAGCUUUCUUCUCAAUGGAAGAUAUCACUGCAACACCCCUGGGAGCCGAUGAUAAUACAGACUACGAAAACGCCCUUGACGACGCUGAUAGCCAACUUUCUGAGAGCGGAGAUAGUGAGGACAAUUUCUACGAUAGUUACGAGGGUGACGAAGAAGAUGCGAGUCGUGAGCUCGAGCGCCUCGAGCGUGAAAGUGCUGAGCGUGAAACUCUCGAUCGCUUGGAGCUUGGGCAGCGCCAGAAAUUACAGGAGGAACAACAUCGAGACGAGCUCCAUCAUUCAUCCCAAGCCAACUAA